UCCUCUUCCUUUUCAACUGCAAUAUUUUAAUUUCUCCAAUAAGUUAAGAGGAAAGCGUACGUUCUAGCAAGAAUAAAAUAUAAUGGCACGUAAAAUCAUGAUUCUUGCCCUCGUUUUCUUCGGCAUGGUGUGCAUGGCCUCAGCCAUUGAUGGCCCGGCAGCUUUGAAAGAUGCCGCAAACGCUCCGAUUGCAGUUGAAAAUAACGAUGUCAUUGGUAUCGUUGAUGGAACCAUGGAAAAUGGAGUUGUAGCUGCUGCACCAGUUGGUGGACCAGUUCCUGCAAAUGCUUUCCCUAACAUAAGUUUGCCAUCACCACCAAAUAGUGGAGCCACAACUGGCACCCUUGACUUUUUCUCCAUUGCCACCACUGUUGUCUCUGUUGCCAUUGCUGGUUCAUUCUUUUUUUGAAUGCCAAAUUAAGAACCGGACAUCUUAUCUGGAGCUUGAAUCAUUGUGUUGCAUCUUUUUUCUGGUUACACAUUUCCCUGUCUUUAAUCUUUAUGUAAUGUGUUACAUAUUAUGUUGGACAAUAUGUCAAAGACAGCAUCUUUGUUAACCAUGAAUAUUUAAUAAAAGAAAAAAAAAUGUUGAACCGAA